AUGUACAAACCCAACACCGUCUGGACGUGGUCCUUCCUCAUUAUAUCCAUGUUACAGGCGCUGAUAGCGCUGGCGUUGGAAGCCUAUGUAUUCGCCAGAUUCCAGUUAGGCAUCCACAAAGAAGCGAAGAAGGAGAGCGAGUCGAAAACAAUACCGACCUACCUCGCCGUCUUCAUGUUCGGCUACCUGUACCAGCUGGUUCUGGUCUAUGACGCUCUGCGGCUCAAGAACACGAUUCAGGUCAUCGGGCUGUGCCUCUACAAUGUCGGCAUUCUGGUCUACGCAUCCAUCCAAAUCGACCAGCUCCAGGACGCGGUGACGGCGCUCAACAAGUCGAGAUUCAUCGAGCCGGAGUUCUGGAAGGAUGUGCAGCCGUUUUUGAUCGCGCUGCCUUGUCUCAUGGCCGUCGGGACGGUGUUGCUGUCCGUGGUUGCGUGGAAGCUAUAUGAUGAGUUUGCGUGGACGAUCUACAAGCACAUUAGCGCCGAUCUGAGGUUGAAGCGGAGAUAUUUGACCUACCAGAUUUACAUCGCCCUUCUCAAGUUCGAUUUCUUCUUCUUCCUCGGCUUUACCGUCCAGUUCCUCGUCGUAGUCGGCAACACGACCGACGCCGAGUUCUACCUCACUAUCGCGGCCGUCCCCAUCACAAUCGUCUUACUCCUCCUCGCCGCGUACUGGACGCGCCGGGAGAGCGUCUUCGGCAUGGUUUGCACAAUCAUAAUUUACUUCGCAGCCCUGGCCUACUUCUUCUUCAAGCUAAUCCGCAUGUACACGGCCAACGACAAACGCCGCGCUGACUACUUCCCUGCGCGCCGCUCCCUGACCACCUUCGCGGUCAUCACGAUCCUGCUGCUGAUCAUCACGAUCGCGGUCGCGUGCUCCUGCGCGAACAAUUUCAACAAAGGGCUCAAGCCGCACAUCUCGAAACGCAAGGUGCCCGAUGUGAACGAACCAAAGUAUUAUCAGCAGACGGAGAUGCCGACCUAUGGGGGCGGGAGCGGGAGCGGGGGACAGGGCUUUGGGACUAGCCGGAUGACUAUUGAUUAG